AUGUCGUCAAGAGGUGGAAAUCCUUUCUUAAAUAAUACCCCAUCUUCUUCACCUGCUAAACAACAACAAUUGAAUGGCAAACGUAUAUCGAAAAGCACGACGUCGGCAACUACCUCGACUCAGUCUUCACCCGUGAGGCGACCCAAUUCGUCCGCAAAUGUCAAAUACACCGAUAGAUUCAUCCCCAAGCGCACGGAGCUAGAUUUAAAUGCUGUGUUCUCAAUAGGAAGCUCGAAACUUUUAAAACCUGAAAGUGCGGAUACUGAAGGCCAUUUCGAAUUACAAAAGGAGCGGGAAGCUCAUCGGACUUUCGAUACCGUUUUGAAAAACGAGCUGUUUGGAGAGCAGCUCAAUAUGGAUUCUAGCGGCUAUGGAGACAGCAUCGAAAAAAUUCAGUGGGCAACCUCAUCAAACCCCGAGGAGCCUUCUACACCCACCCGAUCGCAUGGAUUUCUUUCGGAUAAUGAGUCCCCUCGACAUGAUUCUGACCUAAAUAAAGCCAAUGCCACACGAAAGGGUCUCGGAACUCGAAUUGAGAACGUGAGAGGAGCUAGUCUCUUGACUUACCGUGAGAAAACGGCAACAAGACCCACCAGAGCCUUUAUAAUUCAAAACCAAUACUCAACUUCAUCAUCUCCAAUACGCUCAGACUCUGAAAGGUUGCUGUUAUCUCCGAGGAAAAAGAUUCGACAGAUUGCGAAAGUUCCUUAUAGGGUCCUUGAUGCUCCGUCACUUGCCGAUGAUUUUUAUUAUGACCUCAUUGACUGGUCAAGCACGGAUGUAUUGGGAGUAGCGCUCGGAAAGUCGAUUUUCUUGACUGACAAUAACACGAAUGAAGUCGUACAGCUGGCUGAUACAACUGACGAAUUUACCAGUUUGAACUGGGUAGGAGCGGGCUCCCAUCUAGCGGCUGGACGAGGGAAUGGUAUUGUGGAGAUAUACGACAUUGUGAAAAGAAAGUGCAUAAGAACAAUGCCUGGACAUGCGGAUCGUGUUGCUUGCUUAUCUUGGAAUAACCACAUUUUAAGCUCGGGAAGUCGAGAUCGAAAGAUUUUACACAGAGAUGUUAGAAUGCCUGAUCCAUACUUUGAAGAGAUCAGGUCUCAUACCCAGGAAGUUUGUGGUUUGAAGUGGAAUGCUGAGGAGAAUAAACUCGCUUCAGGCGGUAAUGAUAAUCAAGUUUAUGUCUACGAUGGCUUUUCCAAGAGGCCUUUUUUAAACCUUUCUGAACACACUGCUGCUGUAAAGGCCUUGGCCUGGUCACCUCAUCGAAGAGGGAUUUUGGCUUCGGGAGGGGGCACGGCAGAUCGGAAGUUGAAGAUAUGGAAUGUUUCCACAUCAAAUAAGAUCAAUGACGUGGACACAUCUUCUCAGGUUUGCAACAUGGUGUGGUCAAAAAAUACCGACGAGAUCGUUACCUCUCAUGGGUAUUCUAAGUACAAUUUAACGAUUUGGGAAGCGUCAAAACUAGAACCUGUAGCGAUUCUCAAAGGUCAUAGCUUCAGAGUAUUACACCUGACUCUUUCUUCUGACGGUACAACAAUUGUAUCUGGAGCUGGUGAUGAAACUUUGCGUUACUGGAAAAUAUUCGAAAAACAGACAUUGAAGCGACCUUCGUCGUCUACACUUUUGAACGCUUUUAAUCAGUUAAGAUAG